UUAGCGUGUGCGCUAAGCCCUGUUAACGAACGUGGAACAUCUACCACUCAUACUUAGUCUGAUGAUCAUGCAUCUGAUUAUGAUGUCAUUGCUAUACAUGCGCAUGCGCAGCGCGCGCCACUCUCCCACGCAUGCAUUCCAAAUCUUGCUUUAGAGAGAGAGAAGGAGAAAAGAGAGACUCCUUUGUCACUUUUGCUUUCUGACGACUUGACUGUUCACUGGUUUGUCCGUCAGUGUCAAUUUCCUACAUUUUCCUGCCUCAACGGACAUGCCAAGAACACGGAGCACCUCACGGGGUGCAAGCGCUGCUGGCACUGACGCUGACGGUCCCCCAGCUCUCUACCCGUAUCCGCAGCGGGCUGUGAAUUCUGCGAAUUCUCAAGACCAUCGGAGAGCGAGGUCCCGUGUGAUCCAUGCUCAUGGGCACAUUUCAGCCAAUGCGGACCAGGUGACUUCUCCUGCGCCGUCACAACCAGCUCCUCUCACCCUGAGCGACCUGACUGGUGUUAUCCAGCCCCUCCUGGAGCGCGUGGAGCGCUUGGAAUCCAACGUCGUCGCCCCUACCACCUCGCCCAUUGCCGCACCAGCACCAGCACCAGCAUCAGCUCCUCUCCCGCUGGGGCAGCCUUCCCCGAUGCACUUGGCUUGCGCAGCCGGCUCUCCAGGACUCCCCGUCAUCCCUCCACGGCUACGGGAACGUAUCACACGAGGUAUUCAGGCACCAGGCCCCGGAAGCAGCAGCCGAGCCAGAUCAGCCAGUCUUGCCAACUCUCCGUUGACAGACUCCGUGCUACAGCUAGCAGCACUGGCAAUAGCACCAUCCUCCCGCCGGACGUAUUCUACCGCCGAGACCCGCUACUUCCAGUUCUGCCAAGUGCAUGCCUGCAACCCAUUGCCGGGCGACGACUUUACUUUGUGCUAUUUUGCUGCCGAGUUGUUCAGGACUCUUCAGCCUCGAUCUGUCCGUGUCUACAUGUCAGCAAUCCGCAACCUUCAUGUGGAACUUGGCUUUGCUUACCCGUCGGGCCCAACAACUCUCCUCGCUAGGGUCCUGCGGGGCAUCGACAGGUCGUCAUCGACACAGCGUCAUCGUCUGCCGAUAACCACUCCACUUCUCAGGGAGAUCUGCCGGCAUGUUGCCGUCCCACGCAUGCGGCACCCUCACGACAAGGCCAUGCUAAGGGCAGCUUUUUCCUUGGCGUUUCAUGGGUUCUUCCGUUGUGGAGAACUGACUGCUGGCCUGAGGCGAUGUGAUGUGACGAUCAGUACUGACCAGCGGUCGUUAUCGGUAAACGUGCGCUCAUCUAAGACGGACCCCGACAGCACGGGCCACACAGUAUUGGUUGGAGCCAGCACGGACGCACUGAUCUGCCCAGUGCAGGCCAUGGCAAACUACCUGGCGUUUCGCCCCGGCGGCGACCAUCUGUUCACUUAUGCUAAUGGCCAGCCGCUUACAAGAAAUGCAGUGUCCUCUGAACUGCGCAACCUGCUGCCACUCUGUGGGGUCACGGACCCGAGUGCAUAUGCCAGUCACUCUUUCCGGAUUGGCGCCGCAACAUCAGCGGCCAUGGCAGGUGUCCCCGAACACAUCAUCCGUAUCAUGGGUAGAUGGCGCAGUGAUGCGGUCCACCGCUACAUCCGGGCUGCUACAGCUGACACCCUGCGAGUGUCACGUCAAUUAGCUGCAGUUCAAAGUCAUCAAUGGUAGCUGCGGGUUAGUGGCCACAUCAUGCCUGAACUGCUUAGCUUUAGCUUUACAUUGCUGCUGUCAGUACAGCACAAUACACCAGUCGUAUUUCAUUAUUACUCUCAUGCCAUAUUGGGGAUAUUGGGAACGGGCAGUCUAUCUCCGCAGCUGGCUCAUUUCAAUCACUACCGGUCGCAGCUCCUGCCCACGGCAGGCCGACCGUCUCUCGUUCACACUCUGUGUGCUCCAGGUCACAGCUCCUGCGCAGAGCAGGCCGACCUGUCUGUCUCUCUCUCACACACACUAUGUGUGCACCGGGUCACAGCUCCUGCGCAGAGCAGGCCGACCUGUCUUUCUCAUGCACGCCAGCUGCUCCGCCCAAUAUCCCUGAUAUGCCAACCAGAAAACAAUGUGUUCUGAGCCGGGUGCAUGCCUGUAUGUGGAGAGUGCGUUAAUGGUGGUUUAGCGUGUGCGCUAAGCCCUGUUAACGAACGUGGAACAUCUACCACUCAUACUUAGUCUGAUGAUCAUGCAUCUGAUUAUGAUGUCAUUGCUAUACAUGCGCAUGCGCAGCGCGCGCCACUCUCCCACGCAUGCAUUCCAAAUCUUGCUUUAGAGAGAGAGAAGGAGAAAAGAGAGACUCCUUUGUCACUUUUGCUUUCUGACGACUUGACUGUUCACUGGUUUGUCCGUCAGUGUCAAUUUCCCCUUCCCUCCCAACCCCAUUCGACUGGGGAUCACUAUCUCUCCGUCACUGUCACCAUAAUUUCCUCAAUAACAGUGUCAGUACAACUCUUGUCAAUAUACUUAUAUCGGGUGAGGGCAGUCUAUCUCCGCAGCUGGCUCAUUUCAAUCACUACCGGUCGCAGCUCCUGCCCACGGCAGGCCGACCGUCUCUCGUUCACACUCUGUGUGCUCCAGGUCACAGCUCCUGCGCAGAGCAGGCCGACCUGUCUGUCUCUCUCUCACACACACUAUGUGUGCACCGGGUCACAGCUCCUGCGCAGAGCAGGCCGACCUGUCUUUCUCAUGCACGCCAGCUGCUCCGCCCAAUAUCCCUGA